CCGUAUCAUUGUGUACGUUUUCUCCAGCGGCGGCCAUUUCAAUUUGUUUUUAAACAUUCAGAGGUAGUGCCAUGUUCUGGGCUUUCCCUUGCUUGAAGAGCUUACGAAGAAACACAGCCCCGCUGGUGCCGCAACAAGUAAAAACAAAGUAUGAAGUCAUUCUGAAGAGAAAUGUCAAGUAGUGAAUCUGAAACUUCCGACCGGCCUUAUGUGGGACGAAGUCGCCGUGUACUUCCAACUCCUCCAAGGAGAAGACAAAGAAUUUCCUCUUCCUCAUCAUCAAUUGGUUCAGAUCAAGUAAAAAAACUAACAUCAACUUUACGAGAUGCUGAUAAGAAUCUGUAUUCUGUUGAUCAUAUGCUGAACAGCUACAGAGGUUCCUCCAACCAACAGAUGUCAGCCAUUAAUAGGCUUCGAGACAGUUUGGUUAAAACAACCAAUCAACUGAGAGAUGAAAGGCUAGCAGCUGCUGAAGCAAGAGGAAGCAGGGGACCAAUGAGAACAAGUGACCUGGAUGAAGACCACGAACAAAGGACAUAUCAACCGACAAGUCCACUAAAGGAAUACAAAACCUCUGGAAGUUACAGCAGAUCCAAUUACCGACGACAUCGAAAGAGACCAUCUGUAAGAUUUGAAGACGAUCUUGAGGAGAUUCAUGAGAUUCAUCAGGCUGUUAGAGAUUUAAGCUCUGACCAGCUCCGCCUUGGACGGGAUUUAAACCAGGAAGUUCAGAGACGUUUGCAGAAUGAAAGUGAUAACAGAAGAAGUCUUCAAAACCUAGCUAGCAGUCUUAAGCAGUCUCAAAGGGAAGAAACAUCAUCCGAUCGAGUGGAGAAACGAUUACAAGAUAUCCAAGAUGAAUUGAGGCAAGAGAGGUUAAGAAAGGAACAUAAGGAAAGGCCUAGAAGCAGGGGGCUUGGGGAUGCCAUGUCUCUGGAGCUGAGGGAGGCUAUUCACACCCAACGAUCAAUAAGAAAAGAAGAUGACAAUGAGGCUAGUAAACGCCUACUGCAGACUGAGAGCCAACGGCAAAAGCUAGGCCAGGAGUUGGAUGAAACGAAACAGAAACUGAACCAAACCCACGGGGUUAACACUGCCCUGAAGUCUCAGAUUGACAGCCUGCAAUCACAGCUAGAUAAGGCUGAUAAGGAACGGGGUCAUUUGAGUACUAAACUUCGCUCAUUCAUGGAAGCAGCUGAAGAAGAGAGUCAACGCUCAAUGAGAAGCCGAAGAAAUAUAGGUGAAGAAGUUGGUAAGGAAAGCUAUGAUCGACUAAGAAUGGAGAAAGAAAUUGAUAAACUGCGAUUAGAAUUGGCGCAAACCAGUGGGGCAAAGGACUCUGAAGAAUCAAGGCGCGAGCUGAAAAAGACACAACGUCAACGAGAUCAACUUGCAGAUAAUUUAGAGACAUUCAGCCGAGAAUUGGAUGCAAAAGAAAAACACCAGAAAAAAAUCCUAGCACAAUUAAAUGAUGUUUCAGAACGUUACAACGACAGUGAACGCCAACGGAUGGUUGUCCUCACUCAGUUUGAAGAGCUGCAGAGCCGGCUACGUGAAGUCAUGCGCGAAAGAGACGCAAACAAUGAGAAGAUAAAAGAGUCUGAAAGAUUAUUGGAGCAAUCGGAAAAAAGAAGAGAGGACAUUAAAACCCAUGCCCAAGAGGCCAUCAGACAGUGGAAAAAUAAGAGUAAAAGCCUUGAGCGUGAAAGCAAUCAAUUCAAGUACAGCACAGGACAGAUUAGCCAGCGUAACGAGUCACUUGUGAAAGAGAACGAAGGACUUAAAACGCAAUAUACAACAGCUACUCAAAGGAUGGAGAACCUACACAGAGAAAUGAAUACUAUAUUGGAAAAGAGGGCAGAGCAAGAUGAACAAGUAAGAUUAAAAGAUAUCAGGAUAAGUGAACUGACAUCAGUGCAACUGGACCUAGAUAGAGAACUUAAAGAAACAAGGAGUUUCCUUGAUAAGCUCGAUGGUGAACUUCAGACUCAACAGGCUCGCCAGUCAGCUCUGACAGAGGAAAAGAUGAGAUUAGAGGACGAAUUAAUCAACAUCCGUUCGGACUUCAGCCAGGCACAGAAACAGAUUAGCAGACAAAAUGUUGAGAUUCGAGAACUUAGCAUUCAGAAAGCUGAAUAUGGUGCAAAAUUAUCAGAACAACUUUCAAAGUGUCGUGAGUUGGAAGGUAAAAUUAGGUCAGUCAAACAUGAGGAAGAAAUGGCGAAGGAAGAGUUAGCAACCAGGACGCAACAAUUCAAAGAGGAAUGCAGUGUGGAUGCUGACAACAUCAAAACUCUUCAACAAGAUUUACAAGAUGCAAAGAACCAUGAAGAGAGAAGAAUCCAAGAGUUGGUGAUGAAAAUGCGGAAAGAUCGAGCAAACACUGAUGCUGAGAUUCAAGCAUUGAAGAUUGAGUUAACAGAGGAACAAGCAAUAAGUAAGUCAGCCAAGAAACAGCUAGAAAAAAGCAGAUUAUCAAACGAUGAACUCACAGAGAAACUAACUAAAGCAGAAGAAGAGAACAACCAGCUAAAAAUGCACUAUGAUAGAAUAAGGCAACGCUAUGAGGAGCAGACACAGCUGGCAGAACUAGAGGAGAACAGAUUGACCAAGUUAGAACGUCAUUACCAAGUCCUGCAAGACAGAGCUCGCAACCAGUCUGUGGACUAUGACAGCGUUCUAAAUAGCAUAGGCAACGAUAUAGACACCCUGGUGCAGGUGUUAUCCAAAGAGGACAAUGACCCUUAUGCAACAAUCCAAUCACCAAAGAAAAACUUCAAAUAUCAACCACAAAAAUGGCUUACAAGUUAUAGGAACAAAUUACAUUGGGUACAGCAUGAGAUGAAACAGCAGCUUAAAGAAGGGAAACGUUUGAAACAGGACUUAAAUCACAGUAGAGGAAACAUUGAGGAAGCAGUGAAAACACUACAUGAAGAAAAAGAAGUUUUCAUAUCAGAGAUGGAUCAACAUGCAAAAGCUGUGGACAAACUACGAUUAGAAAGAACUCAGCUUGAACUUGACAAUUUAAGAAAAACUAAGAUGAUGAAUUCAUUGGAGAAGCAGGUUAUCUCUUUGGAAACUCACAUUGAAAUGAAUGCUAAUGCUUUAAGGAGGAGCACUGAAAUCUUACCAGAGAGGGAUUCAGAAGCUCUGAAACCGUUAGCUGAAGAUGAGAAUAGCAACAUUCAGGUUUUACAAAGUAAGUGCAACAGGAUUAAUGAACGCUAUCAGAAGUACCGAAGCACAGUAGAUUCGCUCCAAGAACAGUUAGAACAUGCCAAAUUAUCAGCUCAACAACAUAAAUUUAGUAUGGAGUCGAGCGAACAUGCUGCGCAACUGGCAAGUCUUAGCCCACCGACACGUAAGCGGCGUGUACAGAUCAAUAACUCACCGCCGGUGAGAUACGAUGCAAGUCCGAUGCACCAGGAUUUUGACAACAGCUUGACACAGCUUCGACCAUUGACAGGAAGAUCUAAAUCAUCUCUGAAGAGCACAGGAGGACAUCAUUACCAAUACACUCCGGAACCACUUGAUAUGUCAGAUGGAGAAUUUGUGAAGAGGUUUAUUCCAGCCACUCCUUGAGAACCUGUGCCAUCCAUUCUUUGAUAACCUAUGCCAUCCAUUUUUGAUCAAUUAGAGAUCAUGCUAUCCUUCCUUGGAGCAACUUUGCUAUCCACUCUUGCACUACUUUAUAUUUUUUCUAAAUAUAUAUUUUGCAUUUAUUUUGCAUAAACCAUUCACAUGUGUCAUAAUGAGGGGACAAGGGCAGGAAUAUGUGCAUGACUCACACUUGGUGCCCCACAAAUGCAUGUGUUUGCAUAUGUUUCUACAUUUUUUUGGUGGAGACCUUAGCAACAAUAUCCAAGGGCAAGGUGCUGGCUUAGUAGAAAAGUUUAUUAAGGUGUUCUUCAGCAAUAUAUAAAAUGAAAUUUAGAUCUGUAAAUAAUAUUGACUUGAACAGUCACCUUUCUAUCAGUACUCAGAUAUUUUGUUCAUAAUCUCUCAUGAUGAGGACCUUGUUCUGCUAUAGAUAAUAAACAAGUUAUGUCAUCCAACAUAUUUUCAUGAAUUUACCAAAGUCUACAGAACACUAAAACUUAGUAUUUUUAUAAUUUUAAUUUCUUGUGUAUAUAUAGUACGUAUAGUUGUAAAUAAUGUGGCUUUUUAUCUGAAAAAAAAAAUACUAGAAUGGGAAUUUUUCCUAAAUACUUUCUAUGUAAUUUUUCUGGUGCUAUAAGGAAACUACUGUAUGGUUAUUUGUUUUGUUGGUACUAUUAAAAACUACUACUUUCAAAACACCAUUUUAAUGUAAAUAUCAUUCUGAUGAAUAGACAACAAACAUCACAAUUGCAGGUAAACCAAUCCUCAUUGAAAUUCUUGUGAUCUUAUUGAAAUCAGUACUUGCACCCUCAGAGUUCAUAUUCACAUUUGUGUUUGUUGCCAUUAAAACAUUUCCACAUUAUACUUUAUUACCCACAUUUGUUCUUUGGGGUUGGUUAAAAAUGUAAACAUCUAGAGUUUUCCACACUUUGGUUGGCUGUAAUACUUCACUUCUAAAUCUCGGGCCGAUUCUUUAAUUUCACUUAUUGGACUUAUAAUUUUGUUAUUCUCAAACGCCUAUUUUAAGAAAAUUGAUGAUGUUAAAAACAAAUCAUCCCUCUCAGUUUAUGAAUCCUUAACACCCCAUCCUGUAUUACAACAUUACCUUAUUGAUAAAACGGACUUUGAGGGGGUUGCAUUGAAAUUUAACUUAGAUCAAAUACGCUACCAUUAAAUUCCAGAACAUCAAAUUGGUCCACGAAUAAUAAUGAAAAAUGUACCCUAUGCAAUUUAAAUUCAGACGAGAAUACAAGACAUUUCCUCUUAGUCUGCCCAUCCCUACAAAAUAUACGUAAUGAUCAAAUUUAUAAAUUAAAAAUUGAAUUACUUGACAAUA